AUGGUGGUGCGCAUGACAGGCGAGUCCGUCGACGACAUGAGCAGUCCGUGCACCUUCAACGCUGCCAACGUACAAAUCCUCGAGAUGGACCUCUCCAUGGUGCACGACGGCGCGUUCGUACCAAGCACCUUUGACGCGGCCUUUGUCAUGCUCCACGCCACGCACCCGGCAACGUCGUGGAUAGCCCUCGACGCAAUCAACCUCUCGCCAACGGGCUCCUCCAAGAAUGCAGCCACUUCUACAAAGGCAAAUGCGCCGCGCAGUGCCUAG